AUGUUAAAACCAACGCGAUUACUACUUCUAGGAGCACCUGGUUCUGGUAAAGGAACCAUAUCUAGAAAGCUUUUGAAUAGGUUUCCUCAAUUGAAGUCCAUAUCGUCGGGAGAUGUUCUUAGGUCACAUAUAUUGCGAGGAACAAAGAUUGGAGUUGAAGCUGAAAAGUGUUUAAAAACCGGGACUUUAGUUCCAGAUUCCACGAUGGUGAGCUUAAUUAGUGAACAGUUACGAGACUUGGAUGGACUAAGUAGUAAAGCCAAUUGGUUAUUGGACGGAUUUCCUCGAACAUUUUCACAAGCACAGAAAUUGACGGAGAUAUUAGACAAGAAUCAAUGCAACUUAAAUGUAGUAGUUGAGUUGAAUGUUGAUCAGAAUAUCAUACUACACAGAAUUGAGUCAAGGUAUGUACAUUUACCUAGUGGGAGGAUCUAUAGCUUGGAUUACAAUCCACCCAAGGUACCUUUCAAAGAUGACAUCACUGGAGAAGAUUUAGUGAAAAGAGAGGAUGACAAUGCCGCAGUUUUCAAGAAAAGAUUGGACAAGUAUAACGAGGAGAUUGUACCAUUGCGUGAAUACUACCAGAAACUUGGGAUAUGGCACGAAGUUGCUGGGAUCACUAGUGAUAUAAUUUACCCCAAGGUUGAAAAAUUAUUGCUUACUUAG